AUGAAAUUUUAUGCUUUUGUUAUUCUUCUUUUUCUUUAUUCUUCUUCGAUUUGUUUAACAAAUGAUGAUAAUAAACAAUGUUUAAUUCGUGAUUCUUGUUCAAAUUUAACAUUAAAAUCUCCAUCUAUCUAUGAUGAUGAACCUUUUAUUCAACAUCGAAAUUGUUUUUGUGAUUCUAUUUGUGAAGAAUAUGAUGAUUGUUGUCAUCAAUUAAAAUUAUCAAAUGCAAAUAACUAUGAAUGCAUUGAUUUUCUUUCACCAACGUUUAAUGAUAGUCUUCCUCCAUUUAGUCCAUUAUUUGUAUGGAUGCGUGCAAAAUGUUUAUCAAUUUAUAUAGGAUCACGUUCUGAUAUUCAAUGUCGAAAUUUAAAAAAUCAAACAUUUCUAGACAAUCCAUUAUUAUUUAUUCCAGUUACAAGUAAACAAACAAAUAUAACCUAUCGAAAUUAUUAUUGUGCAUAUUGUAAUAAUGAUGCAAAUAUAAAUUUACAAUUUUGGGAAUAUAAAGCAAAUUGUCAUGGUAAUGGAAGUCUUUCUGAUUAUAUGGUUUUAGAUAAAGAAGAACAAGUUAAUUAUUAUAUUCAUAAUUUAACACAACAGUGUAAGAAAACAAUUAUUUAUCCACGUGUUACAAGUACUGGUGAGCCUUCGGUUUUUAUUCGACCUUGUAAAAAAUCACUUCCAUCAACAUGCCCUUCGCAAACAUCAGCUGAUUUAGCUGGAAACUGCUCUCUAUCCAGUACUGCUUAUCGUUAUGAUAUCAUUUCACAUGUUGUUUAUCGUAAUCCUUAUUGCGCAGAAUGUAACAAUAUAAAUAGUAGUAACAUAACAUGUACGGACCCAGAUUUACGUUCAAGUAUAUCUCUAACGCAUCAAACACGUGCUCCUUCAUUAUCAAUACUAUUUGAUCCAAAUCUUCUUGAACGUUAUUUAAAUUAUGAUUUGGAUAAAAGUUCAACAAUGCAAAUGAUCUAUUCAUUAUAUUAUAAGUGUUCAAAACCGAAUGAACUUUAUAAUUUAUUUUUAAAAAAAUGUUCUCAAAUAACAAAUUCAAGUAAAGAAAUAAUUAUUUCAAUGAAUUGUUCAUCUGCAAUACAAAUUUCAGAAGACUAUACUCGAUAUAAUAAUGGAAGCUUAUAUAUUAUUAAUCAACCAAUUCUUUUAAAUAGAGAUCAAUAUGUAUUUAUUAAUGAUCAUCAAAUUGUUUUUUGUGCUAAUCAAUGGAAAGAAAAUCAAUUAACAUUUUCAUUUUAUCGUAAUAUCUUAACAAUUAUUUGUACUUCAAUAUCGCUUACUUGUCUUGUUAUUUUUGUAAUAGCAUUUUGGUUAAUUUCUACCUUACAUAAUCUUCCUGGUAAAUGUCUUUUAUUUCUAUCGAUUUCAAUAUUUAUUGGUCAAUUAUUGUUUAUUUCGACAUCUGUUCUAACACAAUAUUCUUAUCUUUGUCUUAUAUCAGCUAUUUUAAUUCAUUAUUUUUAUUUAUCAUCAUUUUUUUGGUUAUUAAUUAUAGCAAUACAUAUACAUGCAACAUUUAAUUGUGAAAUUGUACGACGUGAAAAACUAGAUAAAGAUAGAUAUCGUUUACUAGCUUAUAAUAUUCUUGUUUGGUGUUCAACUGGAAUUAUUAUUCUUAUUGCAUGUCUUUUACAAUUUACAAAUCCUGAAUCAAAAUUUUCACCUAAUUAUGGAUAUUUAUUUUGUUUAAUAUCAAAACCAAAUGCAAUGAUUUUAUUUUUUCUUGUACCAAUUGGUUGUUUACUAUUAAUUAUUGCAAUUUUAUUUAUUAAAACUAUUUUAGCAAUACAUCAUUCACAGAGAAUAGCACAAAUAGCUAGUGCAUCAUCAUCAUCAUCGGUAUCGAAUCAUAGUAAUAAUACUCAUCUAUUUAUUUAUACUCGUUUAGCAUCAUUAAUGGGUUUACAAUGGACAUUAUUGAUUAUUGCACUUAUUAUUCAACAAACUUGGUCAUGGAUUAUAUUUGAAAUAACCAAUUCUCUUCCCGGAGUAUUUAUUUGUUUUGGAUUUUUAUUCUCACAAAGACUUUGGAAUAAUAUUAAACAAAGAAUAAUGACGAAAUUAAUAAUUAGACGACAAUCAUCACGAAGUAAUACAACAUCAACAACAUUAAUGCAACCACCAUCACAACGAUCAUAA